UGCUGCUGUUACAUUCCUGUUAAAGGUUUCAUGGUUUGUUCCCCCCACAGAGGAAACAGACUCCUGAGUUCUAUGUCUAUUUGCUUAUGAUUUUGCUCUGGAUCCCAAAUUGGCAGCAGUCGACACAAUGUCCUUCCACACGAGUCACUUCUCAGGACAAGACCCUGUGGGAAAGAUUUGCUCCACUCCCCUUUCUCCAAAAGCCGCCACAUGUGUUGACCAAUGGCCCGAUGCAAAAAUGGAGGUAUCGGCGACUAACUCUGCCUUCCAAACAACCGUGAUAAACAACCAGAACGCACAGGAGGCCGCAGACUUAAAACAUCCAACAGAAUAUCAUUCUAGAAAAAGAGAGAAUGGAAGGCUUUCUGGCGUUAUAAGGCAAAGUUGCCUAAGGAAGAGGCAGCUACCAAAGAGUGCACUGGCAAAAAAUAUUUCCGCUAUAAAGCCAAAUAUAGGGUGUAACAACCUAGAAGAUAUUUUAGACCUCAUCACUAAGAACUGCUGUACCAACAUUAUCGUUAUGGCUGGAGCCGGCAUAAGCACAGCCAGUGGGAUACCGGAUUUUAGGACUCCUGGCUCUGGACUCUACGACAACCUGCAGAAGUACGACAUUCCAUACCCGGAAGCCAUUUUUGACAUUAAUUACUUUGUAUGCAACCCAAAUCCUUUCUUCCAUCUGGCCAAGGAACUGUUCCCUGGGAAAUACAAACCCAACCUUGUCCACUACUUUAUAAAGCUGCUGCAUGACAAGGGCCUGCUGCUGAGAUGUUACACCCAGAACAUUGAUGGCCUAGAAAGAUUGGCUGGCAUUCCUGUUGAAAAAAUCGUCGAAGUGCAUGGCACCUUCUUUUCAGCUUCUUGCAGCUUGUGUUACACCCCAUUCCCAGCCAACGAAGCCAAGGAGUUGAUCUUUGAUGGGAACCCUCCCUGCUGUAAGUUCUGUGCUGGACCUGUGAAACCAGAUAUUGUGUUCUUUGGAGAGGACCUGCCACAGACCUUCACUCAAGCUUAUCAGGACUUCCCCAAGGCUGACCUUCUCAUUAUUAUGGGGACAUCCUUGAAGAUUGAGCCGUUUGCCAGCUUGGUGAAUACUGUUAAGCCCAGCAUUCCACGGCUUCUAAUAAACAGGGAAAAAGUUGGCCCCUUUGCAAAGAAACGCUUAAGGAGGAGGGACGUUGCGGAAUUAGGCGAUCUAUGUGACAUCAUCCACACAAUGGUUAGCAGGUUAAGUUGGCAAGCAGAACUAGACCAACUGAUGAACUCCCCCACGUCGGGGGUAUGUGUAAUGUCAAGUAAUGGCCACAUGGCAUGGGAAAAGACAAACUGGGUAUGACCCACAUACAUUUAAUGCAGAGCAGACCCCCUACCAUUCAGCUAUCUCCAUAUUAUUUCCUUUUUUUUUUUUUUUUACUUUAUAUAUAUUUUUUUUCUUUAAAGACAACAUCUUGAUUUCAUAAUUCUGCCAGGAAUCGUUAGUAUUGUUGGAACCAGUGUGUGUAUGAACUGGACAAUAACUUCAGCCAAGAACAUCAGCAUUUUGUUUUACAGUAUCAGAGCUGUUUUUUUUGGAACACCCAUUUGAAAUUAUUUCAGUACCCGAGAUGGGAAAGCAUGUAAUGUUGCCCCCUGCAGGAAACGUUUAUAUUUACAAGUAGUGUGAAUACUGCAGGAAGGAAACCUUAUUGCUAUAUGCUGCAGAGCUUUUGUUACAGCUUUUAUAUUAUAUGUUUUGUUAUUUAUUAUUGUAAUGUCUAUAUUUAUAUUGGACCCCUUUUAUAUGAAUGUGAUUUUUAUGUAGAGAGGAAUAAAAAUGAUAUUAAAUGUU